AGGAGUCACUUCUGUAAGUCCAUGAACAGAAGUGCAGCUUUCUUUGAUGCGUUACAGAAAAUAAAUCAUUUAACUUAAAAGUGCGAGGAAAAUCUGGAAAACAGAGUGUGCGUCCCCUCCGGAUGACCCCGCUGAUCCCUCUCUGUCUGAGCUAAAACCUUGGAACCUGAAGUGGGACGGGCAAGCUGGGGGAACUGUGGCCCCGUCCCGUCCUCCAGCUUUAAUGAGCACUGCGAUCAACCAAGACUAAACCUCCAGGUGGAACAGGAGGCUGCGCACGCGCUCCAGACCGCUCCAGAGAAGAGGCGCUGCAUGCGCGCGGACGGGGCUACCUUUUAACCAAAGCGCGCGGGAUUACUGGACCCUCUCAGGCUGCACAAGGACAUCUGGCUGAGCCGUUGAACCAAGGAACCACCAGUCAUGUCCAGACUACCCGUCACCGUCAUCGUUUUUGCGCUCCUGGCGUUCUGUGCAUGCAGGGCGAAGCCCAACGGAUCAAAGAGCAAGAAACCAAAGCAAGUUGUUCCAGAUGUUGAGUGUGACGUCAGAGCAGGGAAGAUCAAUCUCCAAGAGUUCAUAGUGAAAUGUCCUGCACGCUGUAAGGAAACCCGGCAGAAAGUCUACGGGACGGGAAUGUUCGCCUCCAUCUCCAGCAUCUGCAAUGCGGCCAUCCACAGCGGCGUGAUCACAAACUCUGGAGGAAAGGUGAUCGUGAAAAAGAUGGCCGGGCAAGACGCCUACAAAGGAAGCAACUCCAACGGGGUUCGAUCCCUGUCCCUGCCGAAGUGGAGGGAGUCCUUUGUUGUCUCAGUGGGGAAGCCGAAGAAAGGAGUCGUCUACCCGUCCACUCUGGACUACGUUCCUUCAAGACCAACCUACGUGAAAACUGGUCAAAAGGAGGUUACCACGGUGAUGCCCACGACAACCACAGCUGAAAGCACCACAACAACUCCUGCACCAACCACCACCACCACCACCACACCAGCUCCCACCACCACCACCACCACCACCACCCCUCCAUCGCCGCCGACCACCAAAGCCCGAGCAGCUGCCCACAAAAUCAGGGACACAGGCAGCAGCCACCCUUACCUCGCCCAUGUGGCUUCCACCAGCUCAAGGCAGUCUCCCAGUGGCCAGGGAAAGAGCCCCAGCCAAGUGUUCAGAGGAACCUCCUACCCCAACAGAUUCCCUCAGCGUGCCAGUGCAGGUCUGCGCAGACCAGAGGCAGGAUCUGCCAUCAGGAGGCCGCCUUCCUCUCCAGUCGGACCAGCUUUUUCCCGAAGGGACUGGCCCCCCUCUUCUUUUCCUCGUCACGAUUGGUUUCCUGGAGUCCGGCGACCAGCAGAUAUUAGCUAUUCAGUUCCAGACUCAGGAUACGCAUGGAGUGAGACAGACACACCUGAGAUCACAGCUCGGGAUCGCAGGCCUGAUUUCUCAGAAUAUGAGCGCUGGUUUUAUAGCUUACCGUAUGGACCAUACGCUCCCCGAUCUACUGACGUAGAUGGAAAAAUGCCCCUGGACACAGCCCAUACUAAAGUGGAGGCGGCGGACGCCUGGAAGCCAGAAGCAAACCUUUACGACGCAGGUUUUAGCAUCAGAGAAAGAGAACCUGUGCCCAGAGCGCCAGAGGUCGUCUCCCAGGGAGAUCCAAAUUGUAAGGUGGACCUGGCCUUUCUGAUGGAUGGUAGCUGGAGCAUCGGAAAGCGGCGCUUUAAGAUCCAGAAGGACUUCCUGGCAGAGGUGGCACAGGUCAUCAACGUGGGCGUCGCUGGACCCAUGAUGGGCAUCAUCCAAUACGGAGACGAGCCGGUAACGGAGAUCAGCCUGAGGACUUACUCCAGCUCCAGAGAAGUGAAGGCCGCCGUGGAAAAGAUCGUCCAGAAGGGAGGCCUCUCCCAUGUGGGAAGGGCUCUCUCCUACAUCAACAAGCAGUACUUCAGUGACGCUAACGGAAACCGGGGAGGAGCGCCCAACGUUGCCGUGGUGCUGGUGGACGGUUGGCCCACAGACAAGGUGGAGGAGGCGUCUCGGCUCGCCCGGGAGUCCGGGAUCAACAUCUUCUUCGUCACCAUCGAAGGCCCCGACGAGAGCGAGAGGCAAAACCUGGUCGAGGACAAUUUUGUUGACAAGGCUGUGUGUCGCACAAACAACUUCUUCUCCCUGCCCGUGAACAGCUGGUUUGCCCUGAGGAAGGCGGUGCAGCCCCUGGUGAAGCGAGUGUGCGACACAGACCGGCUGGUGUGCAGCAAGACUUGCCUGAACGCCAACGACAUCGCUUUUGUCAUCGAUGGCUCCAGCAGCGUGGGAACGGGCAACUUCCGAACGGUGCUGGAGUUUGUGGCCAACGUCACACGGGAGUUCGAGAUCUCGGACACGGACACCCGCGUGGGAGCCGUGCAGUACACCUACGAGCAGAGGCUGGAGUUCGCCUUCGGCCAGUACAACCACAAGGCCGAGCUGCUGAACGCCAUCAAACGCAUCAACUACUGGAGUGGUGGGACCAGCACCGGCGCUGCCAUCACCUACGCUGCGGAAAAACUCUUCAGCAAAUCCAAACCUAACAAACGCAAGAUCAUGAUUGUUAUUACGGACGGGCGUUCCUACGACGACGUGAGAGCUCCGGCGCUCGCCGUUCAUCGCCAAGGCGUCAUAGCGUACUCCAUCGGCAUUGCGUGGGCGGCCCAGGACGAGCUGGAAUACAUCGCCACCGACCCCGACAAGGAGCACUCCUUCUUCGUAGAUGAGUUUGACAACCUUUACAAGUUUGUUCCUAAAAUCAUCCACAACAUCUGCCAGGAGUUUAACUCUCAGCCCAGAAAUUGAGGCUAAACGAGACGCUGAAUCCUUUCUUUGAAUCUAUUCAGAUGGUGUAUCUGAGUUUGCCACAUGUUAAAAGAAAAAAGAAAAAAAUGGGGGGGGGGGUCUCAUUUAGUGAAAGUUUGUCUAAACUUUAACAGUAAAUAAUUGAUUAAUUGGUGGUGAUGCAGAAAAUACCAAUAAGGACACAAAUUUAAAAGGUUAAAAUUUUACAUUUGCAUUUUUUUUUUUCAUUUCUUAGAGCAAAAGAAAAUUAUUUACCAAUAAUUAAUCGUUUUUCACGAACAAAAACCCAGUCAAUAUUGCUGCUUCCGGCUCAACAGAUGAUGCUUUUGCACACAAUGGGGGGAGGGGGGCAUUAUGCAGUUUACAGCUACAUACUAUGGAGUUCUUCCUAAAUACUAUGGUGCUAAAGAUGGAACAAUCUGAGCAUGAAAAGCAUAAAGAAACCAAAAAUUAUAAUAAAAAUGAGGACUUGGAUGGCAGAUGAGCUCAAGCAUCUCAGAAAUGACAGCAGUUACUUCAACCACUCUACUCUUAGUGGUUGUUUACAACAUUGCAGUCAUUUCUCAGUUAUGUUGGAAGAGUAUUUAUAAUUUUUUUUCCUUGUAUGCCCUGUCUGUACAUAUGCUCAUUAAAAAUUUCUCUCUGUUCAGAUAAGUGGAAAUUUAUAUAUUUUUUGCAGUUUUUAAUAAAACAAAGUUAAAGUAC